AGUGACUAACGUCUUAUUUCUCCUUACAAUAUCACUCCUGAAUCAAACAAUAAGGUUACAAAAAUAAUGGAAGUGAUCAUCAACUAAAGCUCUUGCUAAUUAAGCAAAUUCUCCUUGUCGGCACCUUGGGAAAUGUAUAGAAAACAGUAUGGAGAAUAUGGAUACUAAUGUUAAGGUGUUAAGGGUGAAUAAAAGAUGAUCAUGACUUAUUGACAGUGAUCUACCUGUUAAGUGGGUCUCAGUUAACUUCUAAACAAUCAGUAAUCAAAGUUAACCCAACUUUUAAAAAUGCAUUAAUUUUAAUUUUGUUCAUUUGGUCCCCCAGGAAGGAGCAUCAAGCUUCCACCACACCUGUUGACAUAACUUGUUUAGAAUUUCCAGUUUCCUUUGGUCUCUAAGUCGAGGUUUAGGUACAGUCUGUCAUUAAAGCCUCUCAUUUGGAGAUAAGAGAAAAAUGACAGUCAGUAUGGUGUGGGCUAAAUGUAAUGUUAUGUGAUUUAUUUUGAAGUUGGAUGUUGCCACAGACAAUCUUGGAAGAGGAAUGCUUUGGACCUUGCUUUAUAAGUGGGGAUACUUUAUCAGUGCAGUGGAGUGGAUGGUAUUUGUGUGUACACAUUCACUUGGAGCAAAAUGGAAGACAGCCCAAUCCAACCCUCCUUCAUGGGUUCAAAUUGUUAUGGCUCAAGGAUUUAAAACACCUGCGGGAGUGUUUGCAAUCUGUGGCCUUCAUGGGCUCCCUGUGUGGUUGUAUGGUAUGAAUGAACACCUGUGGUCACCAUUCAUGUCACAUCAUUCACAGAUGGCAGUCACUGGAAUUUUAGUGUCUGGUAGAGCUCUGUGCAUGGGUGUUGAGGUUUGGUUUAUUACAAGUCACAUUAAGGAUUUACUGGCAGAACAUGAUCAGAAAAGGUCCCCACCACAAAGCACAGAACCCAUGAUGGAAGACACUGAUUAAAAUGCAUGCUAUCUCGACAUCUGUUUUGCCAGUUGGUGGCAUUUAAAGAUAUUUUUUUCAUCUUAACAUUCUAGAAAAAUUCAGAACUAAUAAAAACUACCCUUCUUAUUACUGAA